UGCAGAAGCACCAACCAAAGGCAGCUGGCACGCCUCUUCGCUGCUUCUUAUAUAAUAUGGGGUUUCACAGGGCACCGAUGUAGAAAUAAAGUCAAACAUUCUCGAGGCAGACUCAUAUUACUUGUCGUAUUGCUGGUGCUCACUUUGCUGUGGGGCGUGGGGCUGCUCUCGGAAGGGUGAUCUGUGGCCCUAUUUGAGUGGAUUUUGGAAAGUGUGCAGUAUGGCUCCAAACGAGACAGGGGAUGAACUUGUUUUCUUUGUGAAUGGUAAAAAGGUGGUGGAAAAAGAUGUGGACCCAGAAACAACUCUGCUAACCUAUUUACGAAGAAAGCUGGGCCUAUGUGGAACCAAACUAGGCUGUGGAGAAGGUGGAUGUGGUGCUUGCACUGUUAUGAUAUCCAAGUAUGACCCUUUUCGGAGGAAAAUCCUUCACCAUACUGCCAAUGCUUGCCUCUUCCCUGUCUGUGCCCUGCAUCAUGUAGCUGUAACUACUGUUGAAGGCAUAGGAAACACCAAAUCCAGGCUGCACCCAGCCCAGGAGAGAAUAGCAAAAAGUCAUGGGUCCCAAUGUGGCUUUUGCACUCCAGGCAUUGUCAUGUCCAUGUAUACAUUGCUUCGGAAUAAACCUGAGCCCAAAAUGGAGGACAUAGAAGAUGCUUUCCAAGGCAACUUGUGUCGGUGUACAGGGUACAGACCCAUUCUGGAAGGAUACAGAACAUUUGCUAAAGACCUGAAUUGCUGUGGCAGAGUAGCCAAUGGCACUGGAUGCUGUCGUAGCGAGAGGGAAAACAGCAUGAAUGGGGGUUGCUGUAGAGGAAAAGCCAAUGGUCCAGACUGCUGCAUGAAUGGAAAAGACGACAAUGUGACAAUGAUGUCCUCCAGCCUGUUCAAUUCUUCGGAGUUCCAGCCAUUGGACCCUACACAGGAGCCAAUCUUUCCACCAGAGUUAAUGACUCAGGGUAACAAACAGCAGAAGCAGCUGUGUUUCAAAGGCGAGCGUGUGAUGUGGAUCCAGCCUACAACUCUCAAGGAAUUGGUGGCUCUCAAAUCCCAGUACCCCAAUGCCAAGCUUGUUGUGGGGAACACAGAAGUGGGUAUUGAGAUGAGGUUAAAGAACAUGUUGUAUCCAGUCAUAAUAGCACCAGCAUGGAUCUCUGAAAUGAACGCUGUUCAGCACACUGAAAUGGGGGUCACCUUUGGCGCUGCCUGUACCCUGAGCUUGGUAGAGGAGGUGCUGAGAAAAGCUGUGGCAGAGCUUCCUCCUUACAAAACAGAGGUCUUCCAGGCUGUCCUCGAACAGCUGCGGUGGUUUGCAGGGCCACAGAUCAGGAAUGUUGCUGCUCUUGGGGGGAAUAUAAUGACAGCAAGCCCAAUUUCUGACUUAAAUCCUGUGUUAAUGGCAAGUGGAAGCAAACUGACUCUGGUAUCAAAUGAGGGCAAAAGGACUGUCACAAUGGAUGAGAAGUUUUUCACUGGUUACAGGAAGACAAUAGUUAAGCCUGAAGAAAUACUUCUCUCUGUGGAAAUACCCUACAGCAGGAAGGGUGAAUACUUCUCAGCUUUCAAGCAGGCUUCCCGUCGGGAGGAUGACAUUGCUAUUGUGACCUGUGGGAUGAGAGUCCUGUUCCAAGAUGGCACCAGCCGAGUGGAGGAGAUAAAACUAAGCUAUGGAGGGAUGGCACCUACAACUGUCCUGGCUCUAAAAACUUGCCAGGAGCUCACUGGCAGAGACUGGAAUGAGAAGCUGCUGCAGGAUGCCUGUCGCUUACUGGCUGGUGAAAUGGAUCUGUCUGCUUCUGCACCUGGGGGGAUGGUGGAUUUCCGACGCACACUUACACUCAGCUUCUUCUUCAAGUUCUACCUGACAGUCCUUCAGAAACUGAGCAAGAACCACAAUGGCAAUAACAAUCUGUGUGAACCUGUUCCCUCGAACUACAUCAGUGCUACAGAGCUGUUUCACAAAGAUCCCAUUGCAAAUGCUCAGCUCUUCCAAGAAGUGCCCAAGGGCCAGGCAGUUGAAGAUAUGGUGGGCCGGCCUUUGAUGCACGUUUCAGCAGCCAAACAAGCAUGUGGAGAAGCUGUUUACUGCGAUGACAUCCCUCACUAUGAGAAAGAGCUGUAUCUAACGCUGGUGACCAGCACCAAAGCCCACGCUAAGAUCCUUUCUGUAGAUGCAUCUGAAGCCCAGAGUGUUCCUGGGUUUGUGUGUUUUGUGUCCGCCAAGGAUGUUCCUGGCAGUAACAUCACUGGCAUCGCUAAUGAUGAGACCGUCUUUGCUGAGGAUGUGGUCACUUGUGUGGGUCAUAUCAUCGGUGCAGUUGUUGCAGAUACACAAGAACAUUCCAGAAGAGCAGCUAAAGCCGUAAAGAUUAAGUAUGAAGAGCUUAAACCUAUUGUCACAAUUCAGGAAGCUAUUGAGAAGCAAUCCUUUCUGAAAUCUGUAAAGAGGAUUAAUAAAGGAGAUGUGAAAAAAGGAUUUGAAGAAUCUGAUCAUAUCUUGGAAGGGGAGAUGUACCUUGCUGGGCAGGAGCAUUUCUAUCUGGAAACUCACUGUACUCUGGCUGUGCCGAAGGGGGAAGAUGGUGAGAUGGAACUCUUUGUCUCAACCCAAAACCUGAUGAAGACACAGGAGUUCGCUGCUAAUGCAUUAGGAGUCCCUUCAAAUCGAGUUGUGGUUCGAGUGAAAAGAAUGGGAGGAGGAUUUGGAGGAAAAGAGACUAGGAGUACUAUUUUGACAACUGCAGUGGCUGUAGCAGCCUUCAAAACUGGCCGCCCAGUGAGGUGCAUGCUGGAUCGAGAUGAGGACAUGUUGAUAAGUGGUGGGAGACAUCCCUUCCUGGGCAGGUACAAGGUCGGUUUCAUGAAGAACGGGAGAGUCAAGAGUCUGCAGGUGUCAUACUACAGCAAUGGGGGCAACUCUGUAGACCUCUCUUAUGGUGUUAUGGACAGAGCUCUAUUACAUUUGGAUAACUCCUACAACAUCCCCAACGUCAGCGCGGUGGGCACUGUUUGCAAGACCAACUUGGCUUCCAACACAGCCUUCCGUGGCUUUGGAGGUCCCCAAGGAAUGAUGAUUGCUGAGUGCUGGAUGAGUGAUCUUGCUCGGAAGUGUGGCCUGCCACCUGAAGAGGUACGGAAGCUCAAUCUUUAUAACGAAGGAGACCUGACUCAUUUUAACCAAAAGCUGGAGGGAUUUACUCUGCGAAGAUGCUGGGAUGAAUGUUUGUCAAGCUGUAGCUAUCAUGCCAGGAAGAAACUAAUUGAAGAAUUCAACAAGCAGAAUCGCUGGAAGAAGAGAGGGAUGUGCAUUAUUCCUACCAAAUUUGGCAUCAGUUUCACUGUUCCAUUUCUGAACCAGGCUGGAGCUCUGGUCCAUGUGUAUACAGAUGGCUCUGUGUUACUCACACAUGGUGGGACUGAGAUGGGUCAAGGACUUCACACCAAAAUGAUCCAGGUUGCUAGCAGGUCACUGGGAAUCCCCACCUCCAAAAUUCACAUCAGUGAGACCAGCACAAACACUGUCCCAAAUACCUCCCCGACAGCUGCAUCUGUCAGUGCGGACAUCAAUGGAAUGGCCGUCCAUAAUGCAUGUCAGACUAUCUUAAAAAGGCUUGAGCCAAUCAAACAGUCUAAUCCCAAAGGAUCCUGGGAAGACUGGAUUAAAGCCGCCUAUGAGAACUGUGUUAGCCUGUCAGCCACGGGGUUUUAUAGAAUUCCUGACCUUGGCUACGACUUUGAAAAGAACGAAGGGAAACCAUUCUGCUACUUCAGUUACGGUGUUGCUUGCUCUGAGGUUGAGAUAGACUGCCUGACAGGUGACCACAAGAACAUGCGCACAGAUAUCGUUAUGGAUGUUGGUACCAGUCUGAACCCAGCCAUAGAUAUAGGACAGAUAGAAGGAGCAUUUGUCCAAGGCCUUGGGCUCUUCACCAUGGAGGAGCUGCGCUAUUCUCCUGAAGGAAACUUGUACACUCGAGGGCCUGGGAUGUACAAAAUCCCAGCGUUUGGAGACAUCCCAACAGAAUUCUAUGUGUCUCUUCUCCGUGACUGCCCAAACAGCAAGGCGGUUUAUUCAUCCAAGGCUGUGGGAGAGCCACCUCUAUUCCUGUCUGCCUCAGUGUUUUAUGCCAUUAAAGAUGCCAUCUACUCAGCGAGGAAGGACUCUGGCCUGACUGAACCAUUCAGGCUGGACAGCCCUGCCACCCCAGAGAGGAUCCGCAAUGCUUGUGUGGACAUCUUCACCAAAAUGUGCCCUUCUGCUGAGCCAGGGACCUUUAAGCCGUGGUCUGUGCGUGUGUAAGAGGGACGUUUGAGGAACAAACUCUCCUCGUAAAACUGAGCUUACACCAGAGGGACCACAAGGCAGUAGGACUAUAAUGGAAAAAAAAAAUCUGUGUUCAUGUGGCUUAUCCACUGAUUCAUGGAGAUCUCACAUUUAAUUGUCCAAUCAUUAUUUUCUCUAGGAGAGAGAAUUGCUGCCAGAUUAUAGCUCUGUUGCAAAUUCAAAUGGAGAGCAAGUGGAAGGUGAUGUUAUCCAGGUGUAAUUGAAAAAUCUUAGAGGUUUCAUUUAAAAUUGCUGCAAAGAGGGGAGACAUGCUUAUUACCAGCCAAUGUGAAAUCACAGGGUGGUUGUUUGUUGUUGGUGUUUUGUUUUAUUUUGUUUUGUUUUACCUACUGUGAGGAAAAGAUGGAUCCUCUUGUGAUGUGAUGCCAAGAAGGACUCAGCUGGAACCCAGACAAACAGUUCUCUAGCUGAGAUGGGGGAAGGGAUGAGAGGUGCUAAGGGCUGGACCCUGUUAUGCCCCCUCUGCACACCAAGCCAGAUGUACACUAGAGGAAGAUGAGGAGGAGUUUUGAUGUUAGCUGACAAUGAUCAUCUCACAUACAUAACAAAAGUGAUUCAGAGGAAAACCUCAAAAUCUGAUCAAUAGCUGAUUUAUCCUUAGAUGAAUGAGGAUCACUUUGUCUGCCCCAGGGCUUUAAUGAAUUUUUACUUCAUGUGCUACCUUCUCUUCUCUGAUUAAAGACAAAAACUAAAGAUACCAAGAGGUCUUCCAGCAAGAUGCUGAUUUAUUUGACUCACUCAGCCUUUUUCCCGCCAUACCUCCACAUCUUUCCUCCAUCUUUUAAACAGGAGAGGGCAUCUGAGAAAGGGACCUUGGAGUAAUGGAAGAAGUGACUCAUAAUUGCUCCCAAGGCAACUUAUACCAGCCCAGGAAAUGGACAGGACAGGGACAGACACAGCUGGGGAUUAGUUGGCUCUGGGUGCCCUCUAGGGUCAAUCUCUUGCCAUCAUGCUAUGGCCUGGCCUUCUUUUCAGGACAACCCUUAGUUUUGCAGAAUGUGAGAGAAUGGGUAUGCUUUCCUACAGGGACUGUUUGUCUGAGAAAUGUGCUGACUAUGUGAUGACCUCAUGCCUUUUGGGUUGAUGUAUUUUCUGUGUUGGAUUUAAUGUUGGGCAUCACUCUUCACAGAUUUUGGCACUCAGAUUUAACACUGUAGCAUUGUGCUAUCUUUAGAUGAUAUUGGCCAUGUACUGUACUUGCUCAUCACCUGCAGACUUUUAUCUGUUUUUCUGGCCCACAGCUUUACCAAAAUGUCCGUUUUCUAUUUUUGCACUUCUAGGGCCAUCAAAAUUAUAUGAUGCAAGAGGAUGUAACUCUAUUGCCUUAUACAAAAUUUUGCUCACAUACAUCCUGCUUGAAAUUUGCCUUCAUCUUAGGACCUAACAAUGUAUGCACAGUUUGAGACUUCUGUUUUAAGCACUCCAGGGCAUUUAGUUUGGAAAAGUGUAAAUUUAUUUCUUGCUUAAAGUAUUCUAGGUCUACCAUUUGGGAAAAGAGCGUUUGUAUAUGUGAGUUGCAGAAAGUAUUUUGUGCCCACUGGGCUUGCUAUGUAAUUGUUUCAUUAAUUGAAAUAUGAUACUGUUGUUUCUUAAGCUCUGAGGUACUGGGCAAGAAAACAUUUUUGUUUUCACCCGAAAGAUGGCAAUAUAUAAAAAAACCUCUUAGAGAAGAAAAUGUGAUCAUUUGUGUGCAAGAACAGCUAUUGGAGCCUGUGUAUUCCUGUUCUUAAAAUGUCUGGGGAGGGAUACAAAAUGCAAAUUCUGCAAGGCAGACAGGUAUCAGCACUGUUUCUGCCGCGUUUGGCCUCAUGGGAUCACCGGACCUGCUCAUUCAAACCAGACCAAGAGUGCUAUGAAGGGGACAUCAUGUGUGCUAAUGCAGAACAUGGGGAGCUACAGGCAAAGAGUGUGAUAUCGAGGAGCUUCCAGCGCUGUCUCAGGAGAAAGCUGCCAGCAUUCACGGGGACCUUCUCCCUGUGAGAGUCCUGGGACAUGGCAGGAUGUCACUGACAGGAGGAGCAAGUGCUCUGUGUCCCCCAUGGUUCUGGGAGCACCUUUUUCAUCAUUUCAGAAUGGGUUUGUGAUGUCUCACGUAGCCACACUGAAUGCCUGGUGAGGUGAUUUUUUUUUUAAAACAAAAUUUGUCAAGUCUCUCUUUUGGUUUUCACUUUGUACAUUAAUUUGAUGUGCAUUUGCCAAGUUAUCUGUAUAUGCAAUGGUCAGAGCACGCUAGUUCAGUGCACACUUUAGCCUGUGGAGCCACUUUUGCUGCAUCAUCAGUGAUCAACUGUUUCCUGGGAACCAGUCUUUGUCCUCAAGCCCACCCCACCCCAGGGCCCUCUUAUUACCCUUCCACAGCCACUGGCUGAUGGAAGGAGGAAACAUCUUCCAUUAGGGGUGCACUGGAAUUGAAUGUAGGCAAUAUAAAAUACCAGAGAGGAGGAGGGGGUGGUGGAAAACAGUACAAAAUUAUGGUUACAAAAUAAUUACAGAGACUGUUUUGGAGGGUGUAGGAAAAAGGGAAGCUUGGAGACUAACAGGAAUUUACAGGGAGAUCAAUGCAAUACCUGGCUGGGCUGCAGGUAGAACAGGAACCUGAAGGAACACGAAGCUGAGAUUUUGAUUUCACCUCUAGUGUCUUAACAUUUCAUACAUCACUUUCCCAUGGAAACAAGUGCCAGAUACCUUAGGGAAGGACUGGGACCCACUACGGGCUGGGAGGAAGAGGAGAUAUUGCUGUAAUAUUGCCGUAAUAUUGCCUGACUUAAAACGUGGUCCAGGAACAGCUCUGCUGUCAUGAGUGCACAGCACAGUCCUCUCUGAGGUGCCGUGUCAGAUCUCUUCACGCAUAGCUCGCUGCUCGGCAUUUCAGCUUGCAGUUGCAGAAGACAGAAAAGCUACUUAUGAAGAGAAAAACGUUCCUUUCCUAGUACAUUCAGUGAAAUGCAGCAUGGACGCGUGACUCUAAUGUUAAGUGUAUUUGGAGAUUUGCCACUUCUCUCCGUCCAGAUGUGUGUCCUCAGAAGAGGAACUGCGCCAUCUUGCUGGACUGUAAAAUAUUACGCACAAUAACAGCACUUAAGGAAUUGUUACUGUAGCUGGAUACUUUGUGGGAGGGUGAAAGGAGGCCGCCCCAUUUUGUGUUUUAAUGCUAUUUAUCGCAUAUCCCUUGAUGAGAGAGGGAGGCCAAGUUUUUGGUGAUUGUUUUAGGUCACUUCUAAUCAACAGUUUUCACACUAACGUUCUGUAAUGAGCAUUGUCAAAUCAGUGUCUUUGUCACAGGCAGAAUCCUCUGUGAAGGUCACAACAUUGCAAAAUAAAACUAAAAAAAUAUUCUGGAAACUA